AUGAGCAAAUCAUCGCCUGCCACUGGAGCACAGAACGUGGCUCAGCGAUUAACGGAAAUUCUGCUCCUUAAUCUGAUGACCGCAGACUUCAAGAACCACAUCUUCUACAACUCCAACCGCCGCCUCGAGGAAGCGAAACAGAAGGGGAUCACCCUCAGCGACAUCUCUAUCGGAGAAGACUGCCUCGCUACUUGGAUUGAUCGCACUUGGGACCCCGAUACAGCGUCUCUGCACGAUUCUCUCCAAGAGGAUGCCUUGAAUCUUCUUGAAGCGCAGGAGGCUAGCGUUAUGGUGCGCAGGGAUCUCAUCCGAAAGAGCAACAACAAGCUGGACGGAGCGAGAGAUCUAGCAGACGAAGCGAAUGCAUUUCUGCUCGAGCGCAACGGAGAUGAUGAUGGCAGCAUCCAUGAGGAUACAGACACUCUCGAAGCAACGCCUCUCAACAAUGAAACCGAAGACACCAAGAACGACAGGCUCAUGGACAUAGAUGAUGCCGAAACUACCGACUCUGACGAAGAAAGUGACUCCGAUAUGGAGUUUGUGGUGGCUGGAAAUGGCGAUGAUCUCGCCAACGACGAGAUCGAAACACCCAACAUCUUCGACCCUGAGCCCUCGUAUGAUGAUCCAGACGACUACGACGAACCAAACAUUUUCCACGGCGCUCAAGUCAUGGGUGUCCCGGCCCCACACUCCAUCGUUGACCUCGAAGUUUACCUUGCCGAAGAUGAGGACGAGGUCCAAGAUCUUCCACAGCUGGAGUUGGCUAUCGAUCAAGAGUCCUACGAACAUUACUUUGGAACUGAUGGAGCGAUCGAUCUGGAGAUCGUUGGAGGUCGACUCGUCUGCACCGGAGAACUUUUUGAGGAGGACCAGGAGAUGACAUUGGAUGAUGUGGCGGAUGACAUGGAGGUCUUGUCACUCACUCAUGACUAG